UGCAAUUCCUGCAGGACUGCCAGACGGCAUGGGGCCAGACCUUACCUGGAUGGAGUGGCGCAACUCCCGAGUGCAGCACUGCGGUCGCCAUAACAUGCGACUCGAGUGGGAUGAUCGUGAAUAUGACCUUAUUGGCAAUCCCGGGUUUACAACAGAAUAGGCUUCCAGACUCUAUCAGCAACCUCAAGGAGCUGACUCACCUACUACUGUACAAUAGCCGUUUCACUGGAGAUAUUUCCUUCAUUUCAACGCUUACUAAAUUGAAAUAUCUGAAUCUCCGCAGCAAUGACCUGAGUGGCUCCAUUCCAUCUGAACUUGGCUCUCUCUUGUGUAAUCUGCAAUUCAUCGAUCUCUCAUACAACCAAAUUUCAGGGGGAAUUCCGAUUAGCGUUACUGCUCUUGCUCAACUCAGUUCCAUGAGACUCAAUUUCAAUAGGCUCUCUGGCCCGAUCCCUGCCGACAUUGGUUCUAUGACCGCAUUAGUGACCCUAGAGAUGCGCAUCAAUCAGCUGACUGGAUCUAUCCCUGCUGCCAUUGGUUCCCUCACAAGAUUGACUUUUUUAUGGCUUGAGAACAAUGGUCUUGACGGCUCCAUUCCUGCCACGAUUGGCUCGUUAACAGCAUUAAAAGAACUGAUUCUCGGAAACAACAAGUUCAGCGGCUCCAUUCCUGCUGCCAUUGGCUCGCUAGCAGCAUUGAGAGUAUUGUUCUUGUACAACAACCGGCUCACUGGUGGUAUAUCCUUUAUUUCGAGUCUUACUAACUUGAUAUACCUCGAUCUUGCAGCCAACCUGCUCUCAGGGAGCUUUCCUACUCAACUUAGUCAACUUACUCAACUCAAUACCCUGUCACUCGACAGAAAUAAGCUAACUGGAUCUAUCCCUGUUGACAUUGGUUCCCUCACAAGAUUGUAUUAUUUUUGGCUUUCGGCCAAUGGUCUUGAUGGCUCCAUUCCUGCCACCAUGGGCUCGUUAACGGCAUUGAAAACACUAAAAAUGAAUGGCAACAAGUUCACAGGAGAUAUUUCUUUUAUUUCAACCUUGACAAAUCUGGAAUACGUGGCACUCCACGACAAUAAGCUGACUGGAUCCAUCCCUGCUGCCAUUGGUUCUUUCAAAAAAUUGUCUUUUUUAUGGCUUGGGGGCAAUUAUCUUGACGGCUCCGUUCCUGCCACAAUAACCUCGUUAACAGCAUUGGAAUUUCUGAGUCUGUAUGUGAAUAAGCUGACUGGAUCUAUCCCUGCUGGCAUUGGUUCCCUCACAAGAUUGACAUUUUUAAGUUUUGCGUUCAAUGAUCUCGACGGCUCCAUUCCUGCCACGAUUGGCUCGUUAACAGCAUUGAAAGAAUUGAGUCUGCACUUCAACCUGCUGACUGGAUCCAUCCCUGCUGCCAUUGGUUCCCUCACAAGAUUGUCUGCAUUGAGGCUUGGGAACAAUCAUCUCGACGGCUCCAUUCCUGCUACCAUGGGCUUGUUAACGCAAAUGACCCAUCUUCAAUUGCAUGGCAACAAGUUCGGAGGAAAUAUUUCCUUUAUUUCAACCUUGAUUAAUUUGAAAGAAGUGACUCUUAACAACAAUGAAUACAGUGGCUCCAUUCCUUCUAUCGUCUCUAGCUUCCAACAACUGUUUCGGUU